ACAUGACUGGUAGAGAUAUGAAUGUAGCAUUCGAGUUACACGUUGUGCGCUGAUUUCGGUGUAAAAUGUUGCAAGAGAAAUGUGUGGAGCCGAAAGAAGCGGAAUUUACUUAUGAUGAGGCAGUGGAGUUAGCUGGCCAUGGCCGAUACAACCACCUGGUCCUGGUGGCAUGCAGUGUCAUCAGCAAUGCCGUGGCACUGGACAUGUUUGCCUUCGGCCUGAUCCUGGCCACGGCCUCGUGCGACCUCCAGUUAGGCAUCGGUCAUAUUGGACUGCUUGGUUCAAUACCAUUCGCUGGUCUUCUCUUCGCAUUCCCAUGGGGCUACUACGCCGACAUCAGCGGACGGAGAAGGGCGCUGCUGCUGUCCUGCUCUGUCGGGUUCAUCAUGGCCGCCGUCGGGAGUCUGUCCCCGAACUGGCAGACUCUGCUGGUUAUGAAGCUGGUGGGCUGCAGUUUUUCAACGGCAUCGUUCAGCCUAACUAUGACGUACUUGGGCGAGUGCACGGGGAACAAGCACAGAAGCCAAUACAUGUUCAUCAUGAACAGCAUUAAUCUCUUCUCCGAAGCUGUCACGUUCAUGCUGGCCCUGGUGAUUCUGCCCCUAACAUUCAAUAUCCCCAUCCCCUGGAUGGGCAUCACCUACCGGCCCUGGCGACUCUUGACUCUCAUCCUGGCCAUUCCCCUUGGAGUCGGCGCGGUCAUGAUGUGGUUCCUACAUGAGAGCCCCAAGUUCCUGGCCAAUAGAGGGUACAAUGAUACUGCGUUGGAAGUGCUGAGGAAAAUCUUUGACGUCAAUGGAGGGAGGAAAGAUGAGUAUCAGGUGAAAAGUAUUUCGAAAAGUAUGGAAACGCAAAACAAAGAGCCAUUUUGGCAGUCGAUAGUAAAGCAGACGGUGCCAAUCUUCAAGCCGCCUCUCCUGUGGAGGACCAUACAACUCUUCUAUUUGAUGAUGCUCUGCUGUGCCAUGAACAACAUAUUCGUGAUGUGGUACCCCACUAUCGUCAACUCUUUCUUCACUUCACUCUCAUAUGGCGUGGUAGAAGAGAGAAGUUUCUGCGAUCGGUUCGUCAGUAACCUGACAGCUGAUCCUAUUAGUGACACUGGCGAUUGGUCCUGCAAUGAUACCAUCACCCCCAGCACCCUCUACACCGGCAUCAUCACCGGCUUCUUCUACACCGGUCUGAACCUCUCCGUCUCUAAGCUCGCCAAGUGGCGCCGUAGCGUUUUACUCACUAUCUACUUAAUCCCUGGUGUCUGCAUGGUCUUGACCAAUGUUGUAAAAGAGCCUAUUGUCAGUUUGAUCCUGUUUGCUCUUGUUCAGGGAACGGCUAUUGGCAUUGGGGUCGUGGCGUCGUAUUUUGUGGAUCUGUAUCCGACUUCAUAUAGGGCCCUCGUGACAAGCCUAGCUCUGAUGACAGCUCGGCUGGGCUCUCUGUCCGGCAUCAACAUCAUCGGGCACGCCAUGACCACUAACUGCGAGAUGACGUUCUACUGCUGCGCUGCUUUGGUGUUCAGUGGCGUUGCUGUAACCCUGCUUCUACCUUCAGACAGAAAAUCGAACGGAUGAGAAACAAUGAAUAGAAUAAACAUUUUUGUACAUUUGAUGA